AUGGCCCUCCCGCUCGCUCUCCUCACGGCCCUGGUGGUGAUCAGCUAUGGCCCCGGGGGAUCUCUGGGCUGCAACCUGUCUCCAAACCACGUCCUGGUCACCAGGGAGAACUUCGUGCUUCUGGAACAAAUGAGGAGAAUCUCUCCUUCCCUCUGUCUGGAUGACAGAAAAGACUUCAGAUUCCCCCAGGAGGUGGUGGAUGGCAGCCAGGUGCAGGAGACCCAGGCCAUCUCUGUCCUGUACGAGCUGCUCUGGCAGACCUCCAGAGUCUUCCUCACAGAGCGGUCCUCUGCUGCCUGGAACACGACCCUGCUGGACAAGCUCCGCACUGGACUCCACUGGCAGCUGCAGGACCUGGACACCUGUUUGGAGCAGGAGACGGGACAGGCAGAACCUGCCCUGGGAAAGAAGGACCCUACGCUGGCCGUGAAGAGGUACUUCUUCGGCAUCCGUCUCUACUUGAAAGAGAAGAAAUACAGUGACUGUGCCUGGGAGAUCGUCAGAGAGGAAAUCACGACUUCCUUGUUUUUAUCAACACCCUUGCAGAAAAUGUUAGGAAUGUAG